AGUUGGAAAACAGUGAGGCAUGGUGAUAAUGGAGGGCGACCACACUAUACUUAAGAGCGCCGUCUCCCCAAACAGAUCGCAAUGAUUACAUCUUCUUCUCUGAAUACCGGCAAAGCAACACAAUCUUCUUCUGGAUUCCCUCCCAAUUUCACGUCUCCACUCAAUCUUCUCUAAUUCCCCAACCCUUCCUUUUCUUCCUUCCUUUCACCACUAUUAUUUCUACCCAUUUUUUUCCCUAAUCCCAAAGCUCUGUCUGGUUGCUGUGGAAGUGUGGCAAAACGGAAGAAUUCUUUGAAUCUUGAAAGCAUCUUCUUUCCCCUUUGCGAAAGAUAGGGAUGUUUUUGUAGGGAUGGAACUCUAUCUUGUGCUCAGUGGGGACCAGGUGAUUCAUUGCAUUGGUCACUGGGAAUGAUGCCAUUGAAGAUGGAAAUUGUCCUUUCAGCCCUGAUAUUAUCUUGUUUUCAUUCUUUUGUACUGUCUGAUUCGCAAGGAGAUGCACUCUAUGCAUUAAAGAAUUCAUUGAAUGCCUCCGCCAAACAGCUCAUGGACUGGAACCCAAAUCAAGUUAACCCAUGUACUUGGUCCAAUGUUAUUUGUGACCCCAGUAAUAAUGUCAUUUCUGUAACGUUGUCAUCCAUGCAACUGUCUGGAACGUUGUCCCCCAAAAUUGGAAUUCUGAACACUCUUUCAACACUUAUAUUGCAAGGAAAUGACAUAACUGGUGAGAUGCCAAAAGAGUUGGGAAAUUUGUCAAAUCUAACAAAGUUAGAUUUGGGAAAUAACAGAUUAAUGGGUGAAAUACCAUCUACCCUUGGUAAUCUUAAGAAGCUACAGUAUUUUACAUUGCAAGGAAAUGGCAUAACUGGUGAGAUACCAAAAGAGUUGGGAUAUUUGUCAAAUCUGACCACCUUAGAUUUGGAAAAUAACAGAUUAACGGGUGAAAUACCAUCUAACCUUGGUAAUCUUAAGAAGCUACAGUUUUUGAUUUUGAAUCAAAACAAUCUCACUGGGACUAUACCUAAGUCGCUCUCCAGUAUUCAUCAAAGCUUGAUCAAUCUUCAGCUGGCAUCAAAUGAUCUCAGUGGUCAAAUACCUGAGGAUUUAUUUCAAGUGCCAAAGUACAAUUUUACAGGUAAUAGGUUGAAUUGUGGCAGAAAUUUUCAACACCUUUGUGCAUCUGAUAAUGAUUCAGGUGGUUCUCACAAACCGAAAAUUGGACUGAUAGUUGGAAUUGUUGGAGGACUUAUAGGUCUUCUUCUUUUUGCAACUGUGCUGUGUUUUCUGUGGAAGAGUUCACGCAGAGGCUACAAGCGCGAAGUUUAUGUAGAUGUUGCAGGUGAAGUUGACAGAAGAAUUGCAUUUGGCCAAUUGAGAAGAUUUGCAUGGAGGGAGUUACAAGUAGCUACAGAAAAUUUUAGUGAGAAAAAUGUUCUUGGACAGGGAGGCUUUGGGAAAGUUUAUAAGGGAGUGCUUGGAGAUAACACCAAGGUUGCUGUGAAACGAUUAACAGAUUAUGAAAGUCCUGGUGGAGAUGCAGCUUUCCAGCGUGAGGUGGAGAUGAUAAGUGUAGCUGUUCACAGGAAUCUAUUACGGCUGAUUGGAUUUUGCACAACACCAACAGAACGCCUUUUGGUGUAUCCCUUUAUGCAGAACCUAAGUGUGGCUUAUCGCCUUCGGGAGGUUAAACCUGGGGAGCCAGUUUUAGAUUGGCCUACAAGAAAACGGGUGGCUUUAGGCACAGCACGUGGACUAGAAUACCUGCAUGAACAUUGCAAUCCCAAGAUUAUUCAUCGGGAUGUUAAGGCUGCUAACGUAUUACUGGAUGAAGAUUUUGAAGCUGUUGUUGGGGACUUUGGCUUGGCAAAGUUGGUGGACGUGAGAAAGACCAACGUGACAACUCAAGUUCGGGGAACAAUGGGCCACAUAGCACCUGAGUACUUGUCCACAGGGAAGUCAUCAGAGAGGACAGAUGUUUUUGGUUAUGGGAUUAUGCUGCUGGAACUUGUAACAGGUCAACGAGCAAUUGACUUUUCACGCUUAGAAGAAGAAGAUGAUGUCUUGCUGCUUGACCAUGUCAAGAAGCUUGAAAGGGAGAAAAGACUUGAUGCUAUUGUAGAUCGCAACCUAAAUCGGAACUAUGACAUCCAAGAAGUGGAGAUGAUGAUCCAAGUUGCAUUGCUCUGUACACAACCAUCACCAGAGGAUCGUCCAGCAAUGUCAGAGGUGGUUCGGAUGCUUGAAGGAGAGGGGCUGGCUGAGAGAUGGGAAGAAUGGCAGCAUGUGGAAGUUAGUCGUCGACAGGAGUACGAGCGGCUGCAAAGAAGAUUUGACUGGGGGGAAGAUUCACUCUAUCACCAGGAUGCUAUUGAAUUGUCUGGUGGAAGAUGAGGUAAAGGAUGAAUCCAAUCUCAUUCCCCUUCAAAGCCAUAUAAUUUUCUUUCAGUAGGUUAGCUUCGUCUCCAUCGAAUUGUAUUUUAUUUAAAAAAUUACAGGAAAAAGAACCAUGUCUUGAAUAUUUUUUGAUGGAUUUCUGGUUUCGCUAAAUUUUAUUUAGAAUUCUGUGUGUGUAUGUGGUUCUGUGUGUUUGAGCAAUGCUCAAACAAAAUCUAAGGCCUGGUAGUUUGUAUUAUGAAGCUUUUCCCCAAUGUUAAUAUUGAAUAUUUCCUUUUGAA